AUGGAGUCGGUCGCCGCGCAACACGGCAGAAUGUCGCUCGACGAAAAAGCCAUUGCAGAGUCAGUGGCGAAGAGCAGCCGAAGCAGCGACAAUGGCAAUGUCGAAAUUCCAUUCUGCUCUAAACAGAGCUACACGACGAAGAUGGACUGGCGAUUAAUUCCCAUCCUUGGCUGCACCUACACAAUUCUGUUUCUUGAUCGUACCAAUAUUGCCAACGCCAGGAUUGAGGGUAUGGAGAAGGGUUUGAGUAUGCCAGCGAAUGGCUACAACACCGCAUUAUGGAUUUUUUACAUUCCAUUCGUCCUAGUCGAAGUGCCAAGUAACAUGAUAAUGAGCAUGCCACGCGUGAGGCCAAACAUCUUCCUUGGAAUCAACAUGCUCGUGCUUGGCGUGGUAUCGACAUGUCAAGGUUUGACGGCUUCUUAUGCUGGACUUCUCGUAUGCCGCUUUCUGAUGGGUAUUUUCGAAGCGACCCUGCCCGCAGGUGCUGCCUUGCUUGUUGCAGAAUACUACACCCGCAAACAGGCGUCUCUGCGCUAUGCUAUGUUCUUCACCUUUGGUGUCUUGGGCCCUUGCGUAAGCGGUCUCCUAGCAUACGGUAUCCGCAACAUGGAUGGCAUCCAGGGCAAAGAGGGUUGGCGGUGGAUCUUCAUUUUGGAGGGGAUUAUCACCAUCGUAAUCUCUUUCCUUGUUUUCCUGCUCGUUCCAGACUUUCCUGAGAAUACCAAAAUUCUCACUUCCGUGGAAAGAGAGCACCUGCUGGAGGUGCUGCGCCAGGACAAGGGUGACCAGAAAAUCGACAUUAAGGGAACAAACUGGCUCAAGGUGAUUUGGUUGCGCUUCCCAUUCAUCCUGUGCGGCAUCAUGUCUGUCUUGGUCGGCUGGUCCAUCAACAUUGCGUAUUCCGAGCGUGAGGGCGUUUCUGCCGCCGUACGCUACUUCAGCUUGUUCGCCAUGAGCUCCGGAACAUUUAUUCAGAUGACCAUGACUACCUCCUGGCUCGCUAACAAUCUUCGCGGACGCGCGAGCCUCGCGGUCGGCACGGCAAUAAUCCUGGGCAUUGGCAACUGCGCGAACUUCGUCUCCAGUAACGUCUUCAUCAAGCACGAAGCUCCGUACUAUCCGACAGCAUUCAGGACAGGUAUGGGCCUCACCAUCGCCGGCGCGGUAUUUUGCUUAGCUUAUGUUGGGCUUCUGUGGCGACACAAUCAGAAGCUGGCGAGAAAGAGGAGUCAGGUCGGCGGCAUGGACGACCAUAAAGAGUACAUGUACCAGUACUGA